AAUCAGGACGCUGUCUCACUCAGCCCCCCGUCCAAUGGGAAUAGCGCGCGUGCAGGUGGCUCUGCUAUUAUCAGCGGGUCCCGCUUCCCCCGCAACUAAAGAGCAAGCGAGUCAAUUUAUGGAAAGACAAGCCGAGCCCUUAAUGGUUCCCAUCAAAACCACUAAAAACAUCAUCAGAGCGGCCGACUUCCGCACGGCUUCCUGUGGCGGGCACGUUUAGCUCAGACAGCUGACAGAACGAGACCAACACCAGCACGCGGAGACGUUUGUGGGAGUUUUCGAGCUGUUCGCUUCCCCAGAGAGGAGAGAAGUUUUCCAACAAUCCCAGAGUCUUCCUCCUCUUCUUCCUCCUUCAGGAUACUUCAGGAGAGAGCAGCAGAAGUGGCCUGGCUUCUAAACUUAAACAUUACAACUUAAAAUUCAUAUUUAUUUGUGUUUCCCGUUUGUUAUCUGAGCGCGUACCUGUGGUUCAUGUUCACAAAUGUUAGCGAUCGGGCAAAUGGAGGCUAACCGGCAGAGUGCGUUCGUCCUGGGCAGCACCCCGCUGGCGGCGUUGCACAACAUGACCGAGAUGAAGACAUCCUUGUUCCCGUACGCUCUGCAGCAGAGCCCGGCGGGCUUCAAGGCGCCACAUCUCUCCAACCUCAGCUCCCAGCUCGCCCUUGGCACCCCACAUGGAAUAAGCGACAUCCUGGGAAGACCCGUCACCACGGCCGGGCAGCUGCUCUCCGGGUUCCCCAGGAUAAACGGCCUGGCGACCACCGCAGCUGCUGCCGCUGCAGCGGGGAUGUACUUCAGCCCGGCGGUGUCGCGGUACCCGAAGCCGCUGGCCGAGCUGCCGGGGAGGGCGCCCAUCUUCUGGCCCGGGGUCAUGCAGGGUUCUCCCUGGAGGGACCCGCGCCUUCAUUGUCCAUCUCAGGCGAGCAUGAUGGUGGACAAGGACGGAAAGAAGAAACACUCCAGACCAACUUUUUCAGGACAGCAGAUCUUUGCACUGGAAAAAACUUUCGAGCAGACGAAAUACCUGGCCGGCCCGGAGAGAGCGCGCCUGGCUUAUUCUUUAGGGAUGACUGAGAGUCAAGUCAAGGUUUGGUUCCAGAACAGAAGAACCAAAUGGCGGAAGAGACACGCAGCAGAGAUGGCCACGGCUAAAAAGAAGCAUGACUCUGAGACGGAGAAGAUGAAGGAGAGCUCGGAGAACGAGGACGACGACGAAUAUAACAAGCCGCUGGACCCAAAUUCAGACGACGAGAAAAUCACGAGACUGUUGAAAAAGCACAAGGCCACCAACCUGGCGCUGAUCAGCCCUUGCAGUAACAGCUCGGACACCUUGUGAUGCACAUACCUGGGGGGUUAAGUCUAGGGGGUCCAUUAAUAAAAAGAGAGACUUGUCGCACUCUUUUUGGCCCCCUUUCCACCUGACAUUAUGAACAUGCGCCUGUUGGGAUGCAUUUCACACAGAAAUAGCGAGAAGAGCGAGAAAUUCGGAGUGUGUGCCAUGACGCACGGAAGACGCGCUCACCAUUACGUGACGCGCGGUUGGCUGCAUCCAAACCCAAACUUUUACUGACUCUGUGUACUUGGAGAUGUAACUCCUGUUAGAACUGGGCUUAAAGAAGGCUGAUAUUCAUGUCAGCUGAAAGGAAAAUAAAUAUUGGGACAUAAAAUAGUUUUGGCGACGCAAAUCAGUUUGUACGCAUCCAACUGGAAUUUUAACAACAGGUGUAAAUGUAACUAAACUUCAUACAUACUCACACAUUUCAGAUCAGUGUUGGGCCUAUGAGCGUAAUUAAUUACCUUUAAUUCUACACAUAAAGCUGCUUUAUUUUACCAUUCCUACAAUAUUGUGAGUCCCAAACUCCCCCCAAAACCUCUGUCACCUUUUAGGGCUAUGAAGGCUGCUCAUUUUGCUGUUAAUGAGAUCAUUAAUGGUGUAUUUUAUUGGACAUAUAACUUUAUUUUUAAUCUGAAGGUAAAUGACAAGUAUUGCACUCAGUUAUUUCUCAACUGUGCACCGGUUUAUAUAAUUCCUUUUUAAACAUUUUUGGUUUUGGUUUCUAAAAAGUCAAUAUUAUUUUGCACAGUUUUGAGCUUUUAUCGUCAUUUUUUCAAUAUCAGCAGCCGACACUGAUCCGGAUCCGGGCCGCAUGUUAAAAUGGCAGGUGUAAACGGGGCCUGUGAUGCUUCUAAAGCUCAGUCUAAGCAGGGUAUCUUCUGUCCUAAGAGGCAAGAGAGCAGAAUGUUCAGAGAUGGCGCAGGUUUGUGAUGAAUGGAUGAAUCGUGCUGCAGCCUGACGAUGAAAAUGUACGUGUGUGGAUUGUAUAUAUUUUUUACUGAAUAAGUUAUGUUCGGACGCGCUUAUUCCCCUCUCUGAUAGACCUGCUGCUUCCUUUUUAUUCCUGCAGAAUAAUGUCGUCUCUUUCCUCCUCGUUUUUCAGUUCAGUUCGGAACAUUAAUGUACAGACGCAGAAUGCUGUAAAUAAUCACUGUAAAAAAUAUCAAAAGCUUGUUUUAACGUCACAGCACACGGACUUUUUUGUUUCAUUUGAAAAGUGUCUGUCUUUUUUUUUUUUUGACCUCAUCAGCACAGCGGAGCAGCAGACUGGAGCCUCGUUUCUGUUGGAUUUAAAGAGAGUAUUAUCACUUCCAGGAAGGUUAAAGGAAGAAAAACACUUUGUAUAAUGAAUAAAUUAUUUAACAAAA